UCUUCACCAGCUAGGUAUAAGGCCUCCGUAUACACUAGUUUCUCCGUACUCUAUUUGUGAGAUUUUACUUGUUGCACUAAUGAAGAAAGUAAACGUUCACGUAGUGUGAACGAAGCUAAUUGAAUAUUUUGUUUUUAUAUAAACAGUCCAAAAUAGGCACCUCUCGCUGAGCCUAACUCAUCGUUUCAAUCCAUCUCCCCUUUUAGUUAGUAUCAAUCUUCUUGUACUGCACAAACAAUGGAAUACAAAUCACUGAAAAUCACACAAAAAUCCCCAAAUUCUCAGGUCUAUUACUUGUAUCUAAACCGACCCGGCCAGCUCAACGCUCUGUCACGUGACUUCUUCACUGAAUUCCCCAAAGCCAUCUCCUCACUCGAUCACAACCCCGAUGUCGCCGUCAUCAUCCUCGCCGGCUCCGGCAAGCACUUCUGUUCCGGCAUCGACCUUCAAACGCUAUCUGACGGUUUAAAAGAAACCCACGCCUCUGAUCACGGCCGCAACGUCGUGAAGCUCCGGCGACAUAUCAAGUUCCUGCAAGAGGCUGUUAGUGCCUUAGAGAGUUGCAGUAAGCCGGUAAUCACUGCCGUCCACGGCGCAUGUAUUGGUGGUGCUAUUGACAUAAUUACGGCGUGUGAUAUUAGGUAUUGUUGUUCUGAUACAUUUUUCUCGGUGAAAGAGGUGGAUUUAGCAAUUACGGCUGAUCUCGGGACACUUCAGAGGCUUCCGAGUAUUGUUGGGUUUGGGAAUGCAAUGGAGUUGGCUUUAACUGGUCGCAGGUUUACGGCUUCCGAAGCUAAAGAUUUGGGCUUGGUCUCUAAGGUUUUUACUUCUAAAGAAGCUUUGAUGGAAGGUGUCAACGUUGUUGCUGAGGAAAUAGCUGCAAAGUCUCCACUCGCUGUUAUUGGAACAAAAGCCGUGUUGCUGAAAAGUAGGGAUUUGACAGUGGAACAAGGCCUAGAUUAUGUUGCCACAUGGAAUUCUGGUGUCCUUUUAUCAGAUGACUUGAAAGAAGCAAUUUCAGCACAUAAUGAGAAAAGAAAACCUAGAUUUGCCAAACUCUAGUUUUUGUAAAUGAUGACAUUGAUGGAGUUUGAAAGGGUUAAUAGAGCUGCAUGUGACUGAAUAAGACUGUCUGUUAGUCGAGGGACGAGAUUGAUAAGACACACAAUGAUGUAUAAGUGGUUGUCUGCUUUAUGAAGCUUUAGCUUUUGUUAGAGCUUCUAGUAUGGUUGUGGUCGACUUGAACAUUUCUGUCUUGUUAUUGUAACAUUUCUGUCUUGUUAUUGUACUUCUUGUAAGCCCACAAAAUCAUAUCAUAUCAUAUGGAAAAAUCACCUAGAACUUUUUUUUUUCAA